AUGUACACGACAGAGGGCAUCUUGUCGUUUUACUCGGGCCUCACACCGGCUCUCCUCGGGCUCACUCACGUCGCCGUCCAGUUUCCUGCAUACGAGUACCUCAAAGUAAAGUUCACCGGCCGGGGCAUGGGCGCAGCGCCCGAGGCAGGCCAGGACGACAAGGCUCAUUGGUUCGGUAUUCUCUCCGCAUCCAUCAUGUCCAAGAUCCUCGCCAGCAGUGCGACCUAUCCCCACGAGGUCAUCCGCACAAGGUUGCAAACACAACGGCGGCCGAUGCCAGGACACGAAUACAUGGAAGGCAUGGGACCCGUGCAGCCGGGCGUCAACGGAGCGUCCCAGCAACCACAGGCCGGACCCAAGUACAAGGGUAUUGUUUCUACGGUUCGGACCAUGCUCCGGGAGGAGGGGUGGCGGGCAUUCUACGCAGGGCUGGGCACCAACAUGAUGCGUGCCGUGCCGGCCGCCACCGUCACCAUGCUCACGUAUGAGUACGUGAUGCGCCACCUCAACCAUGUGCGACUAGAUGGAAGGGAGAAGCUUCAGUUGCUGAAGGGGGAGUUCCCUGGGGCAUGA